AUGAAGAUUGCACUGUACACUCUUGCUUCGGAAGAACAGCUAUGGCAAGAUCUUGACGAACUAUGGCAACGUAUGCAUGCUGGUUGUGUGGCUUUGUUCAUUCUUUCAUACGCUGCCUGGAGAAGUUCGCCGUAUUUGGAUGAUGCCACCGUCGGGAAGUUCUGCGUUGUUCGUCGCAAACCGCUAUGGGUCAUUUCUCUACCAAGUACUCGCAAUAGUUUUUGGCUUUCCUGGAACGCAUGCCUCCGAGCAACAGUGUUAUGGUCUGUUUUACGUCUCCCAGACAUUGAUGAUCUUCACAAUAACAACAACGGGCUUGCUCCUCGCCCACAGGAUCUUCGCCAUCUACUUCAGAAGCACAGUCGUACUCACUAUACUCGGAAGCUUGGUGUUUGCAUCAGUCUGCCUCCAAAUCUACUAUAUGAGCUUCGUCUUGAUAGUCUCCACGAGCGGAACAAUAUUUACCCCUCUGUCACGGUGCAGCAUUAUCUCCACCAGCCGUACACUAUUCCACCAGUGAACCCCAGGGAUAAGAACGUAUUGUCUGACACAAAAAUACCAGACGGAUUUGAGAAGUCGCACCUGUACACAGUUUUGCUUCGACUCGUGUCUGGGUCUCUUCUCCCCAUCGUCUUUGACACUAUGGUGAUUCUUUUAACGAUCAAGAGGACUCUCCGUCACACAGUAGACAUGCGCCGCAUGCAGCAACAUAGCAUCACCCAGCUGAUACUACGUGACGGGCUCCUCUAUUAUGCGUCAGUAUUGUCACCCUCAGGUACCAACGAUUUGGAUAAAACUGACGGCCUUACUCCGCCUCCUUUCACUGCUCAUUGCACUACAUCGCUAACACCGGCUGAAUCGAACCCAAAGGAUACAAUGUUCAGUCGCGACUUUGCAAAAGUUUCCUUGGGGAGCAGCGUACCCACCUUCUUCACGGUCUUGCCGAGCAUGCUUGUCAACCGUCUGGUUCUCAACCUGCGCCAAUUCGAGCCGUCCGGGCAUCGACCCUCCACAUCGAGGACUUGGGGGCCUCCAGUGUCCGCUCCGGCUCUGGACGAGCAGGGACCGCCUCACAUCAGAAUCGGACCUUCGAAACCGAUAUAUAACGCUGCAGUCAAAAAGAUCGCUGGCAAUUCAAACUCCGAGCUCUGUAUUUCUCGUCCAGAGACGAGAACCGCGAUGAAAACAGCCAACACUAGGACAACGCUUGCCUCGAUGGGCUACAGCCUCCCUAUCGCCCUCGCCUUCGAUGGGGAGGAGAGUUUCCUGGAGGAUCUUCCAAGCCUUUGGGGUCCUAGCGACGAAGAAGAUAACGCUUCGGGAACGAGAUGA